AUGCCCUCCAGAUCAGACAUCACCUAUUUCGGUGCAGGUCCAGCUUUGCUACCUACUGCCGUCCUUGAGGAAGCUGCCGCAGCGCUCCUCAAUUACAAUGCGACUGGCCUUGGAGUUGCCGAACAUUCGCAUCGAUCGGAGAUUGCAACUACCAUCAUCAAUGAGGCCAAGGCCGAUCUGGCCUCGUACCUGGACAUUCCAGACGAUUACGAAAUCUGUUUUAUGCAAGGAGGAGGUUCCGCACAAUUUUCUGCCAUGGCAUACAACUUUGUUGGCAACUGGGUCACCCGCAAAUACAAGGAGGUGCAGGAUUCGGAAAGUGACGAGAGCACAGUCCUAAAGCUCAAGUCGGCCGUAAAGAAUCUCAAGAUCGACUAUAUCAUUACUGGUGGCUGGUCACAGAAAGCAGCGGCCGAAGCCGAGCGGCUUUUUGGCUCGGAACAUGUCAACAUCGUGGCCGAUAGCCGUAAAGCAAACAGUGGCAAGUUUGAAACGAUCCCGAACGAAGAUACCUGGAAUCUAUCCCACGAUGCUGCCAUGGUUUAUUACUGCGACAAUGAGACUGUCCAUGGCGUCGAGUUCCCUGGAUUUCCCAAGUGUCUCGAGCCGGGGCCCGACAGACCAAUUGUUGUCGCUGAUAUGAGCUCUAAUAUCCUUUCGAGGAAGAUCCCGAUAUCUCAUUUCUCAGCCAUAUUCUUCGGUGCCCAGAAGAACCUCGGAUCAGCCGGUAUUACUGUCGUUAUCAUCCAGAAACACCUCCUACCACAGCCUUCUGCAGCAUUGAUGAGACAGCUCGGAUUGCCAAUCCCGCCCCGUAUCUUCGAAUUCGAAACUAUUAUUAAAAAUAAUAGUCUUUAUAACACAUUGAGUAUUUUUGAUGUCUUUAUUGCCGGCCGGGUUUUGAAGCAGCUAUUACUACAACAUCCUGACAAAGUCCAAGGACAGCAGAUCCUAUCCCAAAGGAAAGCUCAACUCAUCUAUAGCGCCCUCGAGGCCUAUCCUACCAUUUACCAGAUCAUCCCCGACGAAGCAGUACGAUCACGCAUGAACAUCUGCUUUAGGAUCAAGGGUGGCGAUGCUGUCGAAGAAGCAUUCUUAAAGGAUGCUGCUACUGUAGGGCUGACUGGACUGAAGGGUCAUCGCGAGCUAAAAGGUAUCCGAGCAUCCAAUUACAACUCGAUUUCUCUCGAGGGUGCGGAGAAGCUUGCCAACUUCAUCGGCGCUUUUGCAUCACGGAGUUAG